AGAUUGUGGAUUGCCCAACUGGCGCCUGUGAGAGAGGAAAAUAUAUCCAAAACCACUCUCUUUUUUUCGGCGGCGGACAUAAAUCCCCAAACUGCGCGCCUUUUCCGCACAGAAAUUUAGAAUGUAGCAUAUCCCGUGCUCUGCCUCUAAUAAAUGUCCUUUGUCUAAAGUUUUUUAUUUGCAUCAAGUCAUCGAAGACCGAGUAUAAAUAGCAUCUACAAUCCCCUUUUCCAUUUUUUAUCCGCGCACUUUCGACGUUUAUAUCCAAUGUCUCUGACCAACACUGCUCGAUUAUUUUCCAGAUUUUCUCCACAGCAGAUUGUCUGCAGCCAGAACCAGACACACCAUCUCUCACUUCGUUCAUACGCGAUCCCCCACACAACCGCGCAACGCAUAGCACUAAAAGGAGCCAAGCAGUCUCCAGCCGCGCGUCCGAUGAACGGUACCAGCAGCUUUGUCUUCUCUCGACCCAUGCUCGCAGCCUGGGCUACCUGCUGCAUAUUCUUUGGCGUAUCCAUCAGUCUUUUUGGAGUUGACCAAGGGUGGAUCACUUUUGUGGGCAAGCCAAAGCAGGACACCCUGGAGGCCAAUCCCAAUAAAGAAUCGGAACAAGAUAAUGCACUCACUGAGGACUUGGAGUCAGAGAUAAAGGCGCAGAUCACAGACAUGCUUUUGCAAACAGACGUGGCAAAGUCGUGCUUGGAAAGCCCCGAUGAGUGGAAGCGCAUUCCGUUUUUCUGGAGCAAGGAUAAUUCGUCUAAAUCCAGUGCAUUCAUCCCUGGUACUCUCCACGGCCCCGGAAAGCUCAGCGUCGAGCCGAUUGUGUUUUUGAACCGGGAUCGCAAACAGUUUAUUGUUAUUCUUCAUAUUGGCAAGCGCCUAUGUGGGCACAGCGGUAUUGUGCAUGGCGGUGUGCUGGCUACACUUUUUGAUGAUAUUACUGCUCGCCCGGCGUUCUGGAACUUGCCGCGCAACAUUGCGUUCACUGCUUCGCUCAAGAUUAACUAUCGCCGGCCGGUGCUUGCUGACCAGGUUUUGGUGUGUAAGACGCAGCUUGCAAAGCUUGAGGGUCGCAAGGGCUCGAUUACCGCGCAGCUGGAGGACGUCAAGGGCAACCUGUUGAGUGAUGCGGAGGUGCUAUAUGUCAGCCCCAGUAACGAGAAGAUGCUACCCGAUGCCGCUUCUAUGAUAAAGCUCAUUGAAAGCGUAUACCCUGGAAAUUUCUAAACAGACAUACAAAUAGAACAAUAGAACGUAUUUUUAUUAUUUAAUUGGAAGUACAAAGUUGUCAGCCC